GGGGGAAGAGAAGAAAAGGUCUGUUAGCCUGUUAUUCAGUGAAAACUAGCGAAAACUGCGAAACAUAGAUUUUUGAGGAUUUUCCAUCUUCCAAGCUUGCAUCAACCCAUCCUUUUGGUGUGCAAAUUUGAAUUAGAAAAGAAUGCAAACCAGUUUAUACUUCCUAAACAAUGGAAAAGCUUGGUGGCUCUGGAGAUCGUACAUCCAAUCAUCUAAGCCAAACAUCUAAUAACAUAACAAUACCUCUGGAAACUAUUUUAAAGUACAGGGAAAUCCUUUCUUCUGAAGGACCAACGACAUUUGGAAGUGACUGGAAACGACCGCCACCAAGUCUGCAAAUUAGCACUGGCCAAAUUCAGUUUUCUUCAUCUUUCAAGCACCAAAAUGCAUCUUCUGCCUCAACGACUACGAAUACACAGCAAUCUAUGACACAUAUGAUUGUUCUGAAUACUAAUAAUCUCAGUGGAAGCUGGAAGAAUAAUCAAUACAGUCAGCAGCAGCAAGUGAAGAUUAUUAAUAAUUUACCUAAUGACUCCAUCUGCCUGGGAUUGUUCAGUGAUGGACAUGUUGGACAUUUUGGUGUUAAUUUAGCACAAGCUCAAACACUCAAACGUUGUCACGGAAAUGCUCGUAUGCCUAAAGAUAUCUAUCAGCAGAAGUAUGUGUCUCAGAAAGCUAUUGCUGUUGUCACACCAUUGACUCAGCAGGUGGUGGCAGGUGUGACAUUUUCAAAGAACCUGACCAAAGUGAAGGAGGGAGGCCUUGAAACAAGAUCUGUACCAAAUACUGACGAUCAACUGUACACUCCACAUACUUUACAGUCAACAACUAAUGAAAGUGGUGAGAAACCUUUGUAUGAUAAAACAUUGCAAACAAAUGAAGUAGUGUCAAAAUCAGUAUUAGCCACUGGACUUUCCCAUUGUAUAAAGGAUGAUGGGCCUGCUGAGAAUGAUAAAUUUCAUGUGGAGAGUGAAAGAUUGUCCUCAGUCCCUCUUAAUAGUGUGAGUAUGGAGAGAAAGGAGGCAGUACAGCUGUAUCCCACUGACGAUAACACUAGUGCUAAAUUUCUGAAUGAAGAUGAUGCUACGGUGAUGGGCAGAAAUUCUGAGGGCACAGAAACUAGAAGGGAUAAGUUGUCUACCUUACCUGUAAAUGAGUGGUCUCUUCAGAGAUUGCACACUUUGGUGGCUGACUUGGAGCAGAUGCAAAUAAGUCAGCAGAAAGAAAUGCCUUUUAAUGACCUCUCCAGCGAGAUUCUAAAGUUGUAUUGGAAUGGAGAUUAUAAGAAAUUAUGCAGUGUAGCGAAAUCAAACAUUUAUGUCAACAUCAUUAAAGAAGUCAGACUUCACUGUGGAAGAGAAAAUUCUGUAAUACUCCAGGGAGUUUCGAGAGAGAGACUGAAUGAAGUUGCAUCAAGCGUUCACAUUUUAGAACAUGGCAUUGCACCACCCAAGAUGGUGUACACAUCAUCCUGGUUGAAUCUCAAUGAGAAACUCAACGAUAUAGACAUGGAACAUGAUUGUCUGUCAUCCUUAAUGACUUUGCAUCUCAAACCGAAAAUUGCUGACAAGGGAGUGCCAAUGAAAGAGACUGAAAACAUACAGGAGCAUACAAAUGAGAAGAUAAAGGCAUUUAAUAAAGCUCUAAGUGGAGGAGAGAGACUGAGCAGACAGUUAUCACCUGAGCAUCAAAAGAACUCAAGUGCUGAAGGUGACAAAAUGGUAAGAAAAGAGCAAGUGGAUAUGGAUGUUGUAAAUACAUGUUCUGUCAAAGAUACAGAAGGACAAGAUAGUAUGUCUGUGAAAAAUGUGCUAAUGAAAACAGAGCAAUCAGAGAAACAAAAUAAAACAAAGUGUGAAAAAGAGUACUUGUCUUCAAGUACACAAUCAUCAGAUGUGAGUGACUGCUGUAUAAAACCAGGGAAUUUGCUUAAACUCCCCACCACAGACAUAACUCCUGUGUUGGACAAAAAUGGUUCUGCAGACUCCAUUUCUGUUGAGAUGAGCAUCCUUCCACCAGAGAAACCUAGAAGAUUGCUUGCUGUUGAGCCAGAUGGAGUGGUGGACAACAUGCAAAAAGGAGACACACAAAUUUCAACAGACAGCAAGGGUCAAGACACUCUGGAAUUAUUUGACCAGGAUAUAAACCACAUUGACACUGAAAUUAAAUCAGAUGAAAGGAGCAAUACAAUUCAAAUCAGUUCACAAUUGGAGAACUACUGUUGUCUCGCUAAAUGGUUCCAAAUUUUGGGCUAUAGCAAUGGAGGACUUUGUGAGUGUGAGAAAAUGUCUGAGCUGAGUCAUCAUGCUGACACCUUGGGCAAAAGUGUGAAGGAGGUAAAUGCAGAUAGGCACAAGCAUCCUUUCAACAAAGCUUGUAAGCUCACUGUUACUGAUAUUUGUGGGCUGAGAGAUAACAGACAGACAAAAAAUAGACUUGGAUACAGAAGCAUGACUAGAAAAAAUUCUGUUACCUCACCCAUUGAUGAUGAUGAUGAUGAUGAUGAUGAUGAUGAUACCAGCAUGGAUGAGAUUGAGAUUGUGGAUGUCGUCACAAACUAUGAAGAUGUACUUAAAAUAGAAAAUGCAAUGUCAGAAGAGUUGAUGGAAACGCCACUUGUAGCACGUACUUCACAUGAGUCCAUAACAGGCAGAAAACAUUGCAGAGAUCACCACAAAGAGAUCACAAUGUCAGAGUUCAAGACAGGAGAUACACUAAUAAACCUUGCAUUAUUUGGCACCUCUAACCUGAGACAAAAGAAAAAUAUUUCUGGCUUCACGUCACCGGAUACAGUGCAUCUUCCCCCAGAAACAGUUAAUGUAAGAAUAGGUUCUGGUUGGAAUGAAUACCCUAACGGUACUAAACGCCAGACUCCUAAACAACAAGAUAGGAAUUCCUGGAAGAAGGCCUAUGUGCCAUCAAAGAUGUCUAAUAACAGAAGGUCAAAGAAGCAGAAAAGUGCAAAAACACCAGAAUCAAAAAAUGAUACUGCGGAUAACUCUGUGAUGAAAACAUCAGCGUUUGAUCUGAUUACUACUUUGCUGUCACAUGAAGAAGAUGCACAAACACAUCGGACUAAAGCAAAAUAUGAAAAUACAUUCUCUGACAAACAGAAAAAUAUAGAUAUAGCUCAAUCCAAGAAAAAAUCCAGGAAAAAAAUUAGUUCUACCAGAAUGGAUAAAAUAAGGAAGCUGAAACGAAAUAAAGUUUUGCUAUCAUUUAAUCUCAACAAGAGAUGGAAUUAUGCAAAUAAUGGGAGUAAACAAAUUAAGUCCUCUUUUGAUCUGGCUCAUGCUAUUAAUACAAGUAAAAAUACAUUAAACACUGGUUUGGCCUUAAAUUUUGGAGUUCUGCCAGAGUCUUUCAACAUGUCAGAUGUUAGUUCCUCCAUGGAAGCCAAUCAGUCUGCAAGUGCAGAUAGUGGUUCAAAAGUUAAAACUGUGAAGCAGAUUAAAAGGACAUGGGACAUGUCAGGUACUUGGUGUAACAGCCCUAGGAAGAAGCAGUGCCUCAAAUAUACCCCUACCCUACCAAGCACAUCUGGGCCCAGCACAUUCCAAGAAUUCAAGAAGAAAUAUGAAGAAAAAAAACAGAAAAUUCCUACAUAAUUUUCUUUUAAACUUUAUAAAAAGAAGACAUCAAUGAUGCUUUAAUAAAAAAUAUUUUUGUAAUUCUGUACAUAGUUUGUGUAGUUAUCUAAUUAAUUAAAGACUUUCAGUUUAUACAGAAAAAUAAUCACUUUAAUAGUAAUGCAACAGAGUGAGAAAUGUGACCUCAUUAAAACACCGCGCUCCAAGGUUUAUGUAAAAUUGUUUGAAACGGAGACACUAUUAUAUCUAUUGACCAAAAUGCUGCUUGAAAAUAUCAAAUAGUAUUUGUUGGCAUUAAUGCUUGUUUAAACCACUGUUUACAUUUAUUUCUUGUUUUUAUUUCAUGAUGUAUAUAAAAUGUCUUUUUUAAUAUAUAUGUUUAAAUAUAAAAUCUAAAUUUGUUGUAACACCAGCAGUGGGUUUGACUGUUCAUCCAAUAUUUCAUCCCAAUAUUUAAUCUUGACAAAAUAAUCGUAGAUGAAAUGAGUGUUGAAGAAAUUGUGCUUAGGUGCAUCCCAUUUCCACUGAUCAUCCUUGAGAUGUUUCUACAACUUAAAGUUUGCCUAUGAUAAAUUCUGUUGAUUAUAAGGCUUUGCGGUGCCAGUGCAGUGUCAGAGUAAAAAAUAAACUAUGAGGUCAAUGGAGUUGUUGCUAGCUUUGUGCGAAGGAUUAUCUGAAGAAGGGUACCGAAAAUAUCCUCAGCUUUGAAGGUCCUGAAGAACACAGUGGCUUCCAUCAUCAUUAAACGCCUCAGACUCUUCUUAGAGUUGGCUGUCCAGCCAAAUGAACAAACAGUGAUGACCGCCAUUAGCCAAUUAAGAACUAGAAAGUCACGCUGGCAGAACUCCGGAUGUUUUGUGUUGAGACCCAGAGGGACAGCCAACUCUUAAGGAAAACCUGGUCAAGAUCCCUCAGAACCUUAGACUGGGGCGAAGCUCACAUUUUCCAACAAGGUAACCCUUUUCCUUUAGCCAGAGAUUUUUUUAUUUUAUCUAGCUAACAUUAACUGAUUGCUUCGUCCUCUAUAUUGUGUGCUAUUUAUUACCAUGGCAGCUAGUAGCAGGUCAGCAGGGUUUACAAUGGCUUUUAAAUCCAGCCUGUAUUUAUUUAUCAAUUUGCAAUAUUAAUUUUUUUUUUUUAAAAAAAGUAAACAUCCAGAAAUUCCAUUAAGUCAUAUGCCUUUUUGGUUCUAAAAUUCUCUGAGCCCUGUUCAACACCAUACACCUGUGACUGUAUCAGUAAUACCCAUGCAUUCAUCUAUUUUCCAUACCCCUAUCCUACACAAUGUCGUGGUUGAGCCUGGAGCCUAUCUCAGGGAAUUUGGGGCACAAGGCAGGAGACACCUGGACGGGCCAACCCAUCGCAUGGCACCAUCACAAACAUUCACACACUACGUUCAAUUUCGUAAGUGCUAAUUUGCCUACAACGCAUGUCUUUGGACUGGAGAGGAAACCCCUGAAGCACUUGAAGAACAUAGAUUCAAAGCCGCAACCCCGAGGAGGUGCGAGGCAAAUGUCCUACCUACUAAAAUACUAUAAUGCACGCCCUCCCAGUUUACCAAGCCCCAGUAUAGGCUACUUUUAUUUUGAAGUUUCCAGUAAACAUUUAUUUUGAAAUAUAGUCUCUCGUUAUGACCGGAAGUCCUGUGUGUGUCUGGAUGCCUGCCGAUGUCAACAAUGAUAUAAAAAAAAAUUGACCUGCGCGCGCUGCAGUUUACUUUAAAUAUUAAGGGAACAUACUAAUACUUAGACAUUUAGUUCUUGUACUCAAUACUUCGUUAUAAUCGUGUGAGCUGAAUUGUGACCGUCAACAAGCCUGUUCAUGGACUCUUUAUUAGAUCUGAGCGCAGUGUGUGUGGCUCAGUAUGCAGACCUCUACAUUGAGUGCAUUAGGACUUUACCAUUCAGCGUCAAGGACAAACUGCUACGAAUAAUGACUACUAAAGGCACUCUGACUGAUUCCAACAUAAGUCAGCUCCUGCAUGCAGGAAUUCGCACCCUCGGCCUGCAGAACUGCAAGGUUUCAGACUCAGCACUCAGACAAAUCCACUGUCAGCAACUUAAGACUAUAAUACUAAUAGGCUGUGUGCACAUCACAUCAGAAGGUCUGAACGCCUUGGCCUCACAAUGUGUGGGUCUUCAGGUGGUUGACCUGACUGGGUGUGCAGCUAUAACUGACUCAGGUGUACGAGCGUUGGCACGGAGCUGUAAGUGGCUAGAGGUUAUCUCCCUCAGUGAAUGCACUGCAAUCAGUGAUGUGGCCCUGAUCGAACUAGGGGCUAACUGCAGGUGCCUGUACAGCAUUGAUUUUGGUGGGACAGAGGUCACUGACAAAGGUGUUAUUGGUCUUGCAAGUGGAGUGUGCUGCCAGAGCUUGAAGGAGCUACAGAUGGUACGGUGCCGUAACUUAACAGACCAGGCUGUGGCUGCUGUUCUUUCAAACUGUGUCAACAUCCGAAUAUUCCUUUUUCAUGGCUGUCCCCUCAUUACAGAUAAAUCCAGGGAGGCACUUCAUAACCUUAUCGGGCCUAAAAAGAUUCAACAGGUCUCCUGGAGUGUGUACUGAGUCUACUCUAAUGUAGGCUUUGAGCUGAUGCAGUACGUCUACACACCUCUUAACGCAUAUAAAAAUCUACAGUGCACAAACACGUAGUAAACACUUGCUGAAAUCGGUUUUACUUUAACAAGACACAGGUGUCACUGCUAAACUCACACAUAGUCUACAAGAUUACAGUUUGUGUUCUGGGCUGUUGAAACUGUCCAUAGCACAAGUGAAACAGGUGAAUGAGUAUAUAGCUUAUGGAAUAUCAGUGAUGUGACUGUGCUAAAUAUUAGUAAUGCACUAUGGGUUUUUUGGUAUAACUUAUUUUACAAUAACUUUAUACAGCACUUUUUGGAUGUAAGAACCUUAAUUCUUCUUAAUGUCUAUUUCUUAAUAAAAUUAUUGAUGAAGAUGAAAA